ACUAAUUGAUUAGCAUGAGCUAGUGGCCGCCACCUUAAGAAUAGUAAACCUGCGGAGUUUCCUAAUGUACUCGCUCGUAUAUACCCACAACUCUUUCUAUGCAGACCCAGUGCUCAACCAGAACAUUAGGGCCGUUGCACUUGCUGGGAUAUCCAAAGCCGAGAGACUUAUCAUCUCCCAAUUCAACGACCUCUCUCGCCUGGUUAGCCUCGAAAGCUUUAGCAUGAUAAUAGCGAAAAUUUGUUUACUUAGAUUAUUGCUUAUUUACCGGAAUGAUGUUUUGUUAUGUGCGAGAAGCGUGAAAUUUCCAGUAAGAUCUCGAGGGAUUUUUGUAACAAGGCUAGAGAAAGUCAAGUUCAUGUAUCGAGUAGCUGCCACUACUUUCGGCAUACUAUGCGAGAGGGCACCCUCGUUUGCGCUUUGUGAGUGGAGCGACAAUGUACAGCAAAAUGAUCUCGCCCAAAGCGAUGCUGCACUAUUGGCAACUGCAAUUAAGGAGCUAGGUGCUGGGUAUACAAAUUUCUGCGAACAAGAGCUGUCACAAGAACACGACGAAGUUCUCCUCCUUUUUAUUAAGAGGAGUGCGAGAAAAUGAGGAAAGGAGACCUUGGAAUAGGAUACUCUCGGGAACGGCGCGAAAGAGUCACAAGGAAGCACGUGAUUUAUUGAUUUCUU